GAGGGACAGGGACAGAGACAGGGACAGGGACAGACGUGGGACACUAGUGAAGGAUUCCCUGAAGCUUUUCCUGUUGCUGCUGAUUGUAACGACGAGCCGACCGGACGGAGACAUGAGGAAGACUCGGGACUCUGAGGAGUCCGUCAGGUGCACAACGUCCGGCUGCAGCUGUGCGUGUUUCAGACCAGGAAGUGCCCAGCUCAGGUCAUGUGACCGCUGUGGACACGGCUGGGUCGCACACGCUCUGGCGAAGCUCCGCCUCCGGGCCCGCCCGCCUUCCAGCGGCGGCCCGGUGGAGGUCGCCCUCCCCGGGCCGGUGUUGGACCUGAGCUCCCUGGUCCUCUACGGCGCUCAGGCCGUCCCCGUUCGCCUGAAGAUCCUCCUGGACCGCCUCUACAGCGUCCUGAGCCCACAGCAGGUGGGCCACAUACUGCACACGCUGGGCUGGAGUCUGGGGGACUACGUCAGAGGCUACAUGCUGCAGCACCCCGGCGGGAAGCCGCUGGACCGAUGGCUGACGGCGCCGCCCGAGGAGGAGCUGCUCAUCCUCCAGCAGUUCCUGCGCUUUGGCGAGACUCGGCCCAUCGUGGAGCUGAUGACGCCCCAGUGCCUGGCGGCCGUCGGUCACGUCUCCGACCUCCAGCCGAGCUCCGCCCCCGGGGGCCUUCGGCCGGACGGCGACGCGGUGGUCGAACGAGUCGCUGGGGCGUUCGGAUGCUCGAGGGGAGACUUGCGUCCCGUCUGCCGCUACGAGAAAAUCAGUCUGGCCGACCACAAAGACACCGUCGGCCAUUUUGAAGACUUUCCUGAGGUGGCGUCUUUGCUUCUGCCUUUACCCUUUCCGAACUCCGCCCACUUGGCUCCUCCCAUCCAGGAGCUCCUUCCUCCCAGUAAGCUGACGCGAUGCCUACGGAGGCUCAGUGGGGCCAAACCGCCCGAGAGACCGGAAGGAGGAAGAGCGGAGGGGGGCGGUCCGAUUUCUAUAGUUGAACCAGGUUCAAAAGUCAAAGCAGACCCCGAGAAGCCAAAUACGACCGACCUCCAACUGGCCAAACAGGAGGACACCUCCUCCAUCUCGCCUUCCCUUAGCUCCCCACUUGCUCCUUCUUCUUCUUCCUCACUCCAUCGGUCCUUUUCCUCCUCUUCCUCUUCUCCCCUGAGGAUUCCCCCGAAGCUUCACGGCUCCUCCUCCUUUGCUUUCAAGUCCCUCCCAUCCUUCUCUUCCUCCUUCCUCUGUCCUCUUCCCAACGCCUCCUUUCCUUCCUCUCUCCGUCCUCUCGCAUCCUCGUCUUCCUCCCUCUGUCCUCUCCCCUCUUCCCUAUGCUCCCUCCCUUCGGUUUCCCCCGCGGGGGUUCGCAAGGGGAGAGUCUGCUGUGGGGUUUGUGGGAAAAGCUUCUAUGACAAAGGAACUCUGAAGAUCCACUACAACGCGGUCCACCUGAAGAUCAAGCACCGCUGCACAGUGCCGGGCUGCUCCAUGGUCUUCAGUUCGCUGCGCAGCCGCAACCGACACAGCGCCAACCCCAACCCCCGGCUGCACACGGGGGCCGAUCGGGACGCGCACGGCGCUCACAAGGGAGGACACGUUGGCGUCCUCUGGCGACAGGACGAGGACGCACGGCCCAACGGGUCGAGCGGCGAUGCAGACCCUCGCCUCGGGGCGCCUCCUCGCCUUCGACGCACUCCGAGCCGAGACUCUGAGGAGAGCCUGACCUCGCCGGGGUCACCUUCGUCUCUCGCCGCUUCGGUGUACGAAACCGAACGCUGCCGGCGCCCGCUCGACCCUCACGCCGACCACGCGGCUCCCGCCCACCUCCCCGGGCCCGCCCCCGUCACCGCGGGGCCUCGAGACGUACGACCUGCGUCGCACGACGAACGAGAAGAGGCUCACGAGGCGAAAUGGCAGCGGCGGUCCGGUGACUCUUUGCCAAAGAAGAAGCCCAGGAAGUCGAGCAUGCCGGUGAAAAUAGCGAGAGGAGGGAGGGACGGGGGAGGGAAAGAGGAGGAGGAUGAACAUGAGGGGACGUUCCAUUGGUCUACAACUUUAUAGACACAUUUUCAAUCAAUAAAUCAACACCAAGAUUAUUUGACAAUCCUAAUAAACUCUUUUCUUCAGCUUAUUGGAAGCCGACUGCGGUAACAGUUUUAUUCUACCUAUAAUUCACCUGAAAAUACAGUUCAUACGAACACUGCAUGUUUAACACAGAAGAGUUAUACGUCAUAGUGACUUCAGGUACUGCAUAUGUGAUAGAAAUGAUAAAAUGUGUGUAUUUAAUAAAUCAUACCUCUCUGUCUCCCUCUUGUGGUCAUUUUCCGGUUAUUGCAACAUUUACUGCAACAAUUUAAUUAUUAAUUAAUCCUAAAGGGUUU